CAACUGACUCACCGUGCCACAUCAUUUUGGAUCUGCGUUCACUAUUUCAGUCCAUUCCUUGAACAGUGACGAUAGACGGCAUCACCACUUCAAGCCGUACCCUCUCAUGCUUAGAUAGUUAUGCUAGUGGUAAAGCACAGGAGCCACGCGCUCACAUUGUGGGGAUCCGGAAUAACAGACGUUGCCUAAUCAAGUGCAGCAGUCCGUAUGCAAUCAAGAGCACGUUAAAUCUGACUAAAUCUAACUAAAUUUUAACAGCUGUCUUCUGCAGGCUACUUCUUAUGGCGUGAAGAAACUGUGAGGAGAGGUAUCCCGUCAGAUCUUAUAGAGACGCCAAGUAGUUCCUCCUUUAAGAACUAAAAUGAAUCAAAGUCUUGGAACAAACACCUCACAGGACCGCUGGAAGUGGUACUUCCAGAAUACUUCCCAGGAAUACACCUACCCCCAACACAAUGUCACAUAUGUUGUGUUUUACCUGCAUAAGCUGUCUGUGGCUGCAGUCUACAUCAUCUCCUACCUGCUCAUUUUCCUGGUGUGUAUGGUUGGGAAUGGAGUGGUUUGUUUUACCAUUCUGCGAAGCAAGAACAUGCGGACUGUCACCAAUGUGUUCAUACUAAACCUUGCCGUCAGUGACCUUCUUGUGGGAAUCUUUUGUAUGCCUACAACCCUUGUGGACAAUAUAAUAACUGGUUGGCCCUUUGGAAGUUUGGUGUGCAAAAUGAGUGGGAUGGUACAAGGAAUAUCAGUGUCAGCAUCGGUAUUUACUCUGGUUGCAAUUGCUGUUGACAGGUUUUGGUGCAUCGUUUACCCGUUCAAGCAAAAAUUGACAUUAUCAACAUCUACUCUAAUCAUUGUGAUUAUCUGGGUUCUUGCCAUUGCAAUAAUGUGUCCCUCUGUUGUUAUGCUACAAGUCACCAAGGAACAAAAUGUGCGGAUACUUCUUGGUGACGGCAAUGACACAGUCCCAUUUUACUGGUGCAGAGAAAACUGGCCCAACCAGGAGAUGCGAAAGAUUUACACCACCAUUCUGUUUGCCAACAUCUACCUGGCUCCGCUCACCCUGAUUGUCAUCAUGUACGCCCGGAUUGGCAUCACUCUUUUUAAAACCUCAGUGAUUACAGGGGAGAAGUCUGGCCAGGAAACCCGUCAGACGGUAUCUAAGAAGAAAAAAAGGGUAAUCAAGAUGUUACUCAUUGUUGCCUUGCUUUUCAUCGUGUCCUGGUUGCCACUGUGGACCCUCAUGAUGCUGAGUGACUAUGCCAGCCUCACUGAGUAUCAGUACAGAUUGAUUAACAUUUACAUCUACCCUUUCGCGCACUGGCUUGCCUUCUUCAACAGCAGCAUAAAUCCCAUUAUCUACGGAUUCUUCAAUGAGAACUUCCGAAGGGGGUUCCAGGCCGCGUUCAAGUUCCGGUUGUGCUCAGCGGAUGUGAGGUGUGGAAGGGCUUAUUCUCACAGAAUUCAAGGAAAUGCCGUUCGUCCCGCCAACCUGCCAGCCUCCAAGGGACCCGCUCCGGUCAAACUUAACAGCCGGGAGAAUAAGCGUUCCACAAGGGACCACAAACCGAACGAGCAAGACUUAAUCAUGGAGGACCUCGAAGGGGUAUCUGGAGGCAAUAAUGUGGAGAUUGCUUCACUCUGAAGGUGUCUUUUUUGACCAAACCACUGAGAGCAGCCAAAUUAAAAGACCGUAGGCAGUAAAGCAUUGCAGUGAAAUGCAAUUAUUGAAUAAGCUCCAAGGAGUUUCUGGUGUUUGUUUUGGUAGAAUACUUCAGUUUUAAUGUCCUCAAACCUCAAUGAAUGUCCAAACUACACUUCUAAAACUUCAGUGUUUAAUUUGGUGUGACAGUUGUAACAGGUAAUUUAAGGAUUGACUGAGUAAUCUAGUACUAUUUCCAAUAUUAUUAUUACAGCUGCAAACAUAGAAAAAUCAGAUGUUUUUGUAAUUAAGAUAUAUUACAAGUUAUUGUUCUGGCAUGUUUGGAAGUGGUUCUAAUGUAUUUGUAUACUAUGAAAAGUGUCAACCUCUUGGUUCUGUAGGUGAAUGUAGUAUACUGUAACCAUUAGUCCAAUAAUUUGGCACAUGGCAUACCAAAGUUUAAUUGGUUUAAAUAUAUUACAUUUCGAAUGCAUUUCAAUGAAUGCAGUUCAUUAAAAAUCAUUGCCUUACAAUAUAAUUUCAGCUGUAUUGCAAUGUUUUAUUAAAUGCAAAUGUGCAAUUAGAUGUGGACUUGGAGGACGAGAGCUUUAUUCUCAGACUAAUUUGUGCAUCUUUGAAAAUUGUUCUGAAGCACUGCCUUGAGAGAUCUGCGUAUUUUACAGCAUCUUGAUGAUUGUUUUCUUUUUAAAUUUAUCAUCAUUCCAAGUGAAACAUUUAAAAAACCAACUGUCAUCACAUUGUUUUUAUGAAAUGCUUCCAGGUUUUAAUAGAUUUGGAAAGUCUAAAAUGCCAAGGUACAAAGUGAGUACAAUAAAUAAAAAUUGUCAAUGAUCAACAAUAAUUAAUCUAAAAUAUCAUGCCUAUAGAAUUACAACCAGCCAUGCAUUAUUAUAUUAUUUUCUUUUUUAGAUAUAGCUUCAGUUAUGUCCUUGCUGGGGAAAACCAGAUUUUUUAAGUUGACCUCUCUUUUUUAUCUUGGUGGCAUAAUUUAAAUUCAUUGAAGGAAUUUCUUACGAAGCAGCAUUUCAGUUUGGUGUAUACAUACUACAGUAACUUACACAGAAGGGAAGGGCUAUGAAGACCUUGUCUGAAAGCAAGUUUCAUGCUAGAACACACAUUUCUAAAGAACCCAUAGUAAAUACCCUUAUGAGGCUGUGUUAGAUAACUACAGACAUGACAUGAAGCAUCAUUUUAUGCACAAACAUAAAUUUGAGACAUGACUAUAGAGCAUGUUUUGCCAUUUUGCAGGAGCAACCCCCCCCCCCCCUUUUAACCUUCAGUUUUUUUUAGCUGUGCAUAAUUAAGUUAAUGAAUGAACUUAAGAGUAAAUCAAAUCAAUAAUCUCUAAUAUUUGGUUAAUGUGCAAUAACUGCAUCAAGUCUACGACCUCUUGACAUCACCACCGUUUGGUAUCUUCUUUGGAAAUGUUUUACAGGCAUUCACUGCAGCCUUUUUCAGUUCAUCUUUUUACAGGAAGCUUUACUCCUCUUCAUCAAGUGAAAGGCAUGCUCGAUUGGAUCUAAAUUAGGUGACUGUCCAAAAUGUUCUACUUUUUCCCAUUGAUGUUUGUGUAGGCAGUGUUUCUCAUUGUCUUGCUGCAGGAUGAAGUGCCAGCUGGUGAGGCUGGAGGAGUUUUUUUUGUACGUAGGCAGACUGUUCACUUCUGAAUUCAUCCUCCUACAACCAUCCUCUAUUACAUCAUCAAUAAAGACGAGUGAGCUAGUCCCAAAAGCAACCAUACAUGCCCAUGUCAUGAUACUACCGCCUCCAUAUUUCUCAGAAUAGGUGUGGAAGGGGUUCUUUGAAUCAUGGGCUGUUCCUCCCUUUCUCUGCCUUCAGCUUUCCAUCACUUUGGUAAAGUUUUUUUUUGUUGAUCUCAUCUGUCCAUAAAACUUUGUUCCAGAUUUCUUCUGGCUUGUCUCUGUACUGUAUUUUUUAGGCUACUUAUAAUCCUUUCAAUUCUUGCUGCCGAUCCUUUCAAUUCUUGUUCGCAUUUUGCAGUGUAGUCUUGAUAAUUCUGCUCUCAAAGUCUUCUGUGUACACUGGCUUUUGUUCUUUUCACCCCUGACC